UGUUGGAGGGGACACUUGGCACAGAGGUUCCCAGUGAGACUUGAUUGUGCUCUUUUUCUAUAACCAGUGGAUUUCUAACUCUGUUUUGCUGGGGCUUAUAUUAAAGGGGGUUCCCAUUGACUGAUGGUUCAGUGAGGUGGCUCAUGAGCUCUAGAGUCGUGGGGAAAGCAAAACUGCAAUGGGGCAUCUGCAUCUCAGUGUGUAAACCAUGCCUCUCCCCUUCUCACCCUCAGAGAAAACCCAAGAUCACUGCUUCCCGCAAACUCCUGCUGAAGAGCCUGAUGCUGGCCAAGGCCAAGGAGUGCUGGGAGCAGGAGCAUGAAGAGCAGGAGGCUGAGAAGGUGCGCUACCUGGCUGAGCGCAUCCCGUCACUGCAGACCCGAGGCCUGUCCCUCAGCGCCCUGCAGGAGCUGUGCCGGGAGCUGCACGCCAAGGUGGAGGUGGUGGAUGAGGAAAGAUACGACAUUGAGGCCAAAUGCCUCCACAAUACCAGGGAGAUUAAGGACCUGAAGCUGAAGGUCCUGGACCUCCGAGGGAAGUUCAAGCGCCCACCCCUGCGUCGGGUCCGUGUCUCGGCCGACGCCAUGCUGCGGGCCCUGCUGGGCUCCAAGCACAAGGUGUCCAUGGAUCUGCGGGCCAACCUCAAGUCUGUGAAGAAGGAAGACACGGAGAAGGAGCGGCCUGUGGAGGUGGGCGACUGGCGGAAGAACGUGGAGGCCAUGUCUGGAAUGGAAGGCCGGAAGAAAAUGUUUGAUGCCGCGAAGUCUCCAACCACACAGUAGAGCUGGCUUCUGCUCUGUGCUCCCUGCUCCUGCUUAAUGUUCCUUUUCCAACCCUACCCACCCACCUUUCUGCCCCAUUUCUGGAGCACUCUCCCCUGCCCCUGUCCCAUCUCUCUCCUCCAGACUGCCAUGCCCUCGUCUGGAGCUGAGACUAAACAGACACAUGAGAGAGAAGAGAAGUGCAAGUGUCUGAAGACCUCAUCCCAGCAGCUUUUCCACUACCCAUGAGGCACUGGAGGCCUUCCUGGACAGCCUGUGGUACAGUCACCUGACGAGGAGGCUGAGCAAGCACCCUCCCUUCAGCCCCUGCCACAUCCCUUCUCUGCUGCUCUGUACAGGAGAGUAUCCACAGCAUCAGGCCUCUUCAUUAAAACCCAGUU